UCUUGUUUACAGUUGCCAGAUAAAUUCUCCAUAUUGCGGCGAGAGGGCGACGAUAAACUAGCCGCCAAAUCGUGACAAAUGGCAAAUAAUUUCGCGUUGUAACAUCUCCAACCGAUCGACAGGCGUUUGCAUUGCAGUUGCAUCGCCGACGAAAUGCCAAUCAGUCGCUCCAUAACUCGGGUUACGCUUUGUUUAAUUCUCAAAUUAGUGUUUUGUGUACAUGUUUGAAAGAGUUGUUUAAUAUUUUGGCACCAUGGGCAGCCAGUCGUGGACUCUGCCCCGCCUUUCGCAAUCGAGUGUGUCCACCCACAGGCUCCUGGGCUCCGUGCGAUUGACUUACGCGAUAUGCGCCUUUUUGGCCACUUGUCUGCAUGCUGCCAUGCGGAAUAUGCUCGGCAUGAUUAUCCUCAAAAUGGUUAUGCCACGGCCGGAUGAUGCCCUGGAAAUUCCACAGGAGAUGGCUGGACUGCCGGAUACCAAUAUCACCUCGGUGGGGCGAUGUGGAUAUCCUCGGAUGGUUCCCAACCCGCUGAUCCGAGAGACUCAGUCGGGUGACUUACCAUGGACUCGAAACCAGGAGCUGACUUUUCCGGGAGUUUACUACUAUGGCUAUGUGGUUUCCAUCUCCUUGUCCGGCUAUCUGGCAGAUCGGUGCAGUAGCAAGGUGUUGUUCAUCGUGUCGCUGAUCUUUGAGGCAGUGGCCUACGUUCUGCUCCCAGCGAUGGCCCAUUUCAGCUUCGAAGCAGCGGUUGUUGAUCUGGUCAUUUGCGGCUUGCUAGCGGGCUGCGGAAAUCCGGCGAUGUACAAACUUUUUGUCACCUGGGCUCAUCCCACCGAGCGAACGGCGCUCCUGUCCUUCGCCUAUAGUGGACUUCUAAUGGGCUCCAUGUUGGUUUACCCGGUGGCCAGUUACCUGAGCAACUUUGGCUGGGAGCUGUCCUUCUAUGUCGUCGGUGGGGUUACGUUUUUCUUUGGUAUCGCUUGCUGCUUUCUCAUAUACGACACUAUGGAGCAGCAUCCUCGCAUCUCGGAUGAGGAGGUGGAUUACCUGCUGCUAGGAAGGAGUGAUUUAGGGAUUCGAGAACAGCAGGUAGUGAGGGUUCCCUGGAAGAGACUGUUGACUGCUUCGCCCGCAUAUGCCUUCGUCCUGACCCACGUCUUUCAUACCUACACCUUCCUGGUGAUAGUUCUUCUGAUGCCCCGAUUUAUGCGCGAGGCCAUGCAGUUCGAUCUGCGGGAGGUGGGCUUCCUCUCGGCGGCUCCGUAUCUGGGCGGGAUCUGUUCCAAAGCCCUGUGCAUCCUGGGUGGCAGCUACGUUGAACGACGCGUGGGUCCUGAUCAGAACUUUAUGCGAAGAAUGCUGUACAGGAUCUGCAGCAUUCUGACAUCGUGCUUUAUUGGAAUCAUCAUCAUGGCUGAUUGUGGCGACAAAAUAAUGGUCCUUUUGAUGUUUGCCUUCAUGAUGGCCUCCACGGAUAUGGGUUUCAGUGGCUACUGGCCCACGCUGCUCUACUUUGCACCCUCUUUCGCAGGAUUACUCUCAGGAUUGGCCAAUGGAAUGGCCCAUCUCUCCGGUUUCCUGGCGCCUCAUCUCGUUGCCGCCUUGGUGCACACCGGCAGCAAAAGUGAGUGGAAUGUGGUGAUGAUCACGCUGAUUGCCUUUAAUACGAUGGCCAUGUUGGUAUUUGGAUUCUGCAGUAGUACCAACUUGCAGCCAUGGGAUCCUCGCAGCGAAAAGGGGAAAACUAGGCCUAAGCCAGCAAAAGCAGUAAAUAGUUAG